CCAAUAUCCCAAUUUUUAAUAUUUAGGGUUUAUUACUUCCAAGAUCAAAUCUUUAGGGUUUAUUACAUCGAAAAUCACAUUUUUAGGGUUUAUUGAUUCACUAAUGGCGGAAGAAUCCCGAUGCAGAGGAGAGGUUCGUUGGUUUAGUGAUACGAAAGGUUAUGGUUUUAUCAAACCGGAAGGCGACGGUGAAGAUCUUUUCGUUCAUCAUUCGUCUAUUAAAUCCGAAGGUUAUCGCUCCUUAACCGAAGGUGAAAUCGUCGAAUACACUUUUUCCGUUGGAGAUGAUGAUAAACCUAAAGCUGUUGACGUUACUGGUCCUAACGGCGCUUCCAUUCAACCUCCUCGUCGAUCCAAACCUUUCAUAGGUGGAGGCGGUGGAGGUUGCUUUAGCUGUGGAGGUCAUGGACACAUCGCUCGUGAAUGUGUUAAUAAUUCUAGAACAUUUUCUGGUGGACCACCGCGUCGUGGUGGUGGUGAUGAUGGGUCGUGUUACACUUGCGGCCAAGUUGGGCACUUUGCCCGAGAAUGCCGACGCGGUGAUGGUGGUGGUAGUGGUGAUGUAUCGUGUUAUAAUUGUGGGCAGGUCGGGCACUUUGCCCGAGAAUGCCGACGCGGUAAUGGUGGGGGUAACAAUGGUGGGGGUGGAGCCUGCUAUAAUUGUGGAGAGUACGGACAUUUGGCGCGGCAUUGUAAUCAAGGCGGCGGUGGAAGCGGCGGAAGCAGCGGAAACGGCGGUGGAUGUUAUAACUGUGGAAAAGAUGGGCACUUUGCUAAGGAUUGCAUUGAGGGAAACUAAAGUAAAGUAUAAAUUAGUACCUAAAUACUAUAUGUUUAUUAUUAUUAUUAUUAUUAUUAUUAUUAUUAUUAUUAUUAUUAUUAUUAUUAUUAUUAUAAUUAUAGUUAUUAUUUAUUAUUAAUAUUAGUAUUAUUAUAAUAAUAAUAAUUAUUAUUUUAUGGUAUUAUGCUUAGUUUUGGGUCUGCCCUGUUUUAGGCUGGUUAUACACAGCAUGAUGGGUUUUGACUUUGAAACAAUGGUAAUAUUUUGGGCGUUGUUUGCGGAUUUAUAUGUGGUAAAUCAUGAUUUGGUAGACUCAUUGUUAGAAGCAUUAUUAUAUGAGCUUUGAUUUGUAUUAUUGAUUGGUUUAAUGGUGAUGCAUUUUUUUAAAUUAGUGUUGAUGAUUUUUGGGUUCUUUGGUAUCGACAUAUUUGUUGAUAUUGUUCCUGAUUUUAAUGUGAAGUUUUGUGUUGUCAUAGGGUCAUGGUGUCUACCAAUUUAUUUAAUUAGUAUGGUGAAAUUAAGAUUGCAAAAUUAUAGACGGUCUCAUUAUAAUGAGCCAAUUUAAGACCUCAUCAUAGUGAGACUUCAAACACGGGGCUCUUACUGUUUUGGGUAAAACCGGCCGCAUUCGUCUAGUCCUCCCAUGAAGAAAGUAUGGGUAUGGAUUGUCUGUCACCUUCCCUCAUCCAAACCACUGCUUUUGAGUGGGAUAUUGGGUGUGAUGAUGAUGAUCAUAGUGAGACGGUAGUAAAUGAGAAUUUGUGAUUAGUUACUGUGUGAGUUAACUAUUGGGGUUGAAUUCCGAUUCCAUAGUGUGCAAAUCGGUGUGUGCAACACUGGCUGAAUUGUAUCUUGUGGGUGCAUUGUGGAUGAACUAUGAAGUAUCCAGACCUUUCUCCUCAUUUCUUUUGUGGUGCUGGUUAUGUGGUAGAAUACUCACAAGUCCGGUGAGAUGGUAGGAGUUGAUGCCCUUUCAAAAUGUUUACUGGAUGGCCAGCAGAAGACACCGAACUAUACCUUGCUUCUUUAUUGCCUAAACAAUGCUUCUUUCAUUAGCCUCAUAGCCAAAUUUUGGUUCUUUCAUUCCACUCUUAGCAUAUGCUUUGCUUAUUUCAUUGCACCUUAAGCCAACUCGUGAUUCUUUCAUUCGCCUCUACAAACUAGGAGACCUAGGAAGAUCUACCUCCUGCACAUCUUACUUUGAGCCAUCUUAAUACUA